AUUAACAUCUCGUAAGAAAAAUUUAAAUUUUUACAAUUGAAAAUGGUUGGUUUGAAAGUUUUAACGUCGGAACAGAAGCAAUUCUGGAAGGAUAAUGGUUACAUCAAGUUAUCGAAUGUAUUUUCUACAAAAGAAAUAAACGAGAUAUCGGAUGCCUACAAUGAAUUGUUUGAAAGAAAAUAUCGUGAAAAUCUGGCUGGUUUGGAGUCAAGAUGGGCCGGAGAAGAUAUGAAGAAAUUAGCUGGAAGCAUUGCUGAAGAUUAUACUGUAAAAUCUAUCCACAAUCUGCAAAUGCACAGCGAAGUCUUUACUCGGACCAUAACGCACCCGAAAUUAUUGGACGUCCUUGAGGAUAUCAUGGACACCAACGACAUAGUGUUGCAUCAUACCAAGGCGCACGUAAAGCCACCAGAGAAAGGAUCACCUUACUUGAUGCAUCAAGACUAUCCUUAUUUUCCCCACAAGAAACACACUAUGCUAGCUGUGUUUCUACAUUUGGACGAUACAACGCCGGAAAAUGGCGGCUUGGCGGUAUAUCCUGGCAGUCAUAAACUGGGGCCGUUGAAGGACUUUAAAGUGACCGAUGAAAGAGGUGAUCCUAUUCACUACGUCGAUCCUAAGGAAUAUCCCUUAUCCAAAGCUAUUCCCAUAUCUGCGAAAAAGGGUGAAGUUGUCUUCUUCUCUUAUCUACUACUUCACGGUUCGUAUCUGAACUUGUCUGAUAGAAGUCGACGCAUGUUUCUCAUGCAAGUGAAAGCUGCUGAUGAUGAACCGACCCUGGACGUGCACAAUUCCCCAUGCCAAGGCUUGAUGCUUCGCGGUAAAAAUAUUUUCAAAGACGCAUUGAUGAGCAACAGAUAUAAAUAUUAAUCGAA